UGACGAAUGUAUUAUCAUAUUAUAUUGUUUAUCGUUUCUACACGAACUCGAUUUAUUUGAUUUUAAAUAUGAUCAACGACGGGAAGUACGAUGCUUAUUUUUAAACUUUGCCAGUGCAACCUGGAAAAGAAACGUGCGUGAUAAUUGGAAGUUUAAAUAUAGGAAAUUACAAAAAAAAAGGGGUUAGCAGCAAAUAGAACUACGUCCAAGUGGAUGAUCGAUUUAAGUUGAACAACCAAACGUGUGCCCCCCACCCCCCAACGAUUUUCACGUGGAUCUCAGAGAAAGGAAAGGAGACCGAGAGAGCGAGAGAGAGAGAGAGAGAGAGAGAGAGGGGAUUCAUUCUUGAAUUGCCAUGACCAUGGUCGUCAACAAGAUCAACAUGUCGUCGUAUUCAGCCCCACGACGUACCUUCUUUUCGGGUUUUCAUACGAAGUUUGGAGGAAGUGAUUAGAAGACGGAGGGAAAUCUUCAGACGGUCUAUGAGACCUUUCGAUUUUUAUGAAUGAGCGUCGACAGAGGAUUAAACAUGCUGCACAAGCAUGGAAGCAAGUCGCUGCAAAGUUCCGUCUACAAGAACAGUAGGGGUGCCUUCUUGAAAUCUAUGUCGGAGUUCCCAGUGGAGGGGGGAGAAAACGGGGACAUGCAAGCGGUCAUGGAAAACUUUCAAAAAAAGAACAAUCUGGUCACUGGCCGGACCCAUGUUUCCCAUCAUCCACAAGUUACUACUUCAUCACAGAUGCUAACGACGAAUCAGAGCCAGAGCAGCAGCAGCAGCAGCAGUAGCAGCAGUUCGAGCAGGGUGAAAUCCUCCCAGAGGAUUUCCUCCCUUUCUACAUCUUCCUCGUCGAGUGAAAUGAAGGCUAGCUCUAUGAAGAGCGAUCUCACCGAAUUAAAACGUGGUAUCUCGGAGAUGAAAAAUAUGUCCUCGAAUUUUUCCCAACGAUUACGUAGCAGCAUGGAGAAUCUCGUUGACAGAGACGGACCUGUUGCCGAAGAAAAUGAUUUGACCGAACCACUGGUAACAUUCCCAGAUCCUGACACCCCACCACCUUCCACAGGAACUGUAACUUUGACAGGAGGUUCACCGUCACAAUUGAGUUCUCUCAAUUCGUUGAACAAUCUUCACAAUAUGAGUCCACCGAUAAAUAUGCCGAAUAUUACGAAUAUGACGAGUAUACCUGCUGGCCAGGAAACUAUGAAAUUCGAGCAGAAGAAAAUGACGAGUGCGUCCAAAACGAAGGUCGUUACCGAUGGAUUUAGUGCCGAGAAGGCAAUAGCUAACAGUGCUGAAAUGAGAGCACUGCAAGCAGGUGAUGUUUCUUACAAGGAACAAAGUGCAUCGACUGCAGCAAGGGCACGCGUUGAAUUGGACGGUGUUUCUGCUGAAAAAAGAGUCGCUGCUGCUAGGGAACAGCGAAGCUUGAAGGCUGGAGAUUUAUCGCAUCAAGAGAGCAACAACAUGGCAGCGUCGACUAUGAAGUUACAAAGUGACUCAUUCAGUUCGGAAAAGAAGGCGAUGGCGGCACAGCAACAACGUCAGACGGUAACUUCUUCUGGGAUUUACAAUCACGAGAAACACAUGGCUUCUAGUUCGCAAUCGAGCAUAACUAUAGCUUCGAAAGGUGUGACAUCUAAAUCAUCGAUGAUCAGUGCAGCUAACGCGGUUAAUCAAUUGAUGAAUGGUAUGAGGCCAGCAGAGGAUGAACUUCUUUCUUUGCCAUUGGACGAUUUGGAUUUGUUAUGUUCUAAGUCGAAUCCUCAAGAUGUGGAUCGUGCUAUUACUAAAUACUGCAGUUUCUUGGAUAGUUUCGUCGAACGUUUGAAGGCUAACGACGGAAAGAACACGAAAGCACCAUUAUUGUUGAACAGAGUUAACGAAAUCAUCAGGAAGGCUUGGGCUGUACCUACUCAUGGUCAUGCACUUGGUUAUACUUUGUGUAAUACUCUCAGAACGAGAGGUGGUUUAGAUUUAUUGAUGUCCAAUUGUAUCGCAAGCGAUCAGGAAUUACAAUUUUCUUCGGCGAGAUUAUUGGAACAAUGUUUGACCACCGAAAAUCGUGCACACGUGGUGGAAAAUGGUCUUGAAAAGGUCGUCAACGUGGCUUGCGUUUGCACGAAGAAUGCCAAUUCCGUUGAUCAUUCUAGAGUAGGUACUGGGAUCUUAGAACAUUUGUUCAAACACAGCGAAGGUACGUGUAGCGACGUUAUCAGGCUUGGUGGUUUGGAUGCAGUAUUGUUCGAGUGCAGAAAGAACGACGUUGAAACGUUGAGACAUUGUGCUGGAGCAUUAGCUAAUCUGUCGCUCUAUGGUGGUGCCGAAAAUCAAGAAGCAAUGAUCAAGAGGAAAGUGCCUAUGUGGUUGUUCCCUCUUGCUUUCCACAAUGACGACAACAUCAAAUAUUACGCUUGUUUGGCUAUCGCAGUUUUGGUAGCCAAUAAAGAAAUUGAGGCAGCCGUAUUAAAAUCUGGUACUCUUGACUUGGUCGAACCAUUCGUAACAUCUCAUAAUCCUUACGAGUUCGCUAAAUCGAAUUUAGCUCAUGCUCAUGGGCAAAGUAAAAACUGGUUGGAGAGAUUAGUACCUGUAUUAAGUUCGAAAAGAGAAGAAGCUAGAAACCUUGCCGCCUUUCACUUUUGCAUGGAAGCUGGUAUUAAGAAACAGCAAAGCAAAACAGAGAUAUUCUGUGAGAUAGGAGCGAUCGAACCAUUGAAGAAAGUUGCCAGUUGUCCCAAUGCAAUAGCUUCCAAAUAUGCGGCUCAAGCCUUGCGUUUGAUAGGCGAAGAAAUACCGCACAAACUUAGUCAACAGGUACCACUUUGGUCAACGGAAGAUGUUAGAGAGUGGGUCAAACAAAUCGGAUUUGCCGAAUGUGCCGCGAAUUUUGUUGAAAGUAGAGUGGACGGUGAUCUUUUGCUCCAAUUGACAGAAGAGAAUCUCAAAGAAGACAUUGGUUUAACGAAUGGAAUUAGAAGGAGACGUUUUACGCGAGAGCUUCAAAACCUCAAAAAAAUGGCAGACUAUAGUAGCAGGGAUACCGGAAAUUUAAAUAGUUUCUUACAAUCGAUCGGUCAAGAAUUUUCUAUAUACACUUACAGUAUGCUCAACGCUGGCGUUGACAAAGAUUCGAUUAGGAAUGUGUCGGAGGACCAAUUAUUGACCGAGUGUGGUAUCGGAAAUAGCAUACAUCGACUUAGGAUAUUGGAUGCAAUCAAGAACAUGCAACAUAAUCAGUUCAGUUCCUGCGAAGACGAAUCACCGAAUAAAUCUUUAGAUGUGUUCGUUAGUUAUAGGAGAUCUAAUGGAUCUCAAUUGGCUAGCUUACUCAAGGUUCAUCUGCAGCUACGCGGAUUUUCAGUCUUUAUCGAUGUCGAAAGGUUAGAGGCUGGUAAAUUCGAUAAUAAUUUACUACAAAGUAUCAGACAGGCCAAACACUUCCUCCUUGUGCUCACGCCCAAGGCUUUAGACAGGUGUAUACAAGACGGCGAGUGCAAAGACUGGGUCCAUAGGGAAAUUGUGGCUGCGUUACAAUCGCAGUGCAACAUUAUUCCCAUAAUAGACAAUUUUCAAUGGCCUGAAGCCGAAGAUCUUCCAGAAGAUAUGCGAGCGGUUUGUCACUUUAAUGGCGUACGUUGGAUUCACGAUUAUCAAGAUGCUUGCGUAGACAAAUUAGAAAGGUUUAUGCGAGGUGAAAUUCCUGUGAGAUCUGAGUUGUCUGGAGGUAUACCAAGAAGUAUAGCAUCUAAAGACGUAACAGCACCUAGUACGCCAGGUAGCACAAAUAUCCGACAGGCGCCGAAUUAUCAGCGAAUGCACAGCAAUGAAAGCAGAGGUAGCGAUAAAGAUUCAACCGGUGGGCGAGAUUGACUAGAAGGCCCGCCCACAGCUAUUCCAAACAGAUUUAGAAAAUCGUCGAGUCCGUCCCGUUGGUUAAUGGGUUUACCACCAACGUCACCUCGAUUGAAAUUCGUCCACACGCAUCC